AUGCCAACUUAUCCUAUCCGCCGCCGCCCGCGGGAGUGCAAGACAUGUCUACCUUGCCGAGCGAGCAAAGUCCGCUGCGAUCGCAAUGUUCCUUGUGGCAAUUGCACCAAACGAAACUUCACCUGCUCCUACGGUCGUCCGUCAUCUGCGAAAAUCCCCCCUGCAGCAGCCGUCGUCACUGCCGCCUCCACGCCAUCACAACAGCCGGCCUUCGUUUCUCCCACAAUCGCCCCGUAUGUCUACUCGGUUCCCACCAUCGAUAGUUCAUAUGCAACCGAUCCUCCUUCGACUGCGAGCGCCGAUCCGGAUUUACCGGAUAUAAUUGAUAUUUCGCAGGUGGAGUGGGAUGAAAUUAACACCAAGAUGGCUGCAAUGGAACAGAUCAUCAGCAGUCUGCACUCGAUCUUUGAGACACACUCAAAUAAUAAACGGCCAGAACCAGAGCCAGAACCCAUCGAACGAAAAGAUUCCACCCGGUCGGAAGGUGUCUACGGGUCGAAUGCGUUGAAGACGGGGGCGGUCCAUAUCGGGUCACGAUCGGCUUUAGUUGAUAUCUUGGACAAAUCGAAGAGAUCAGAGGACAUAGCGCAGGCGCUACCCCAGGAUGAUCUUCUUGCAGAGCUUGCUUUGGGGAAUGAAUCGGCUGCAUAUCCCUUUGUGGAUUUGUGGUCCUCGGACCCAUUCACAUUCAAUAUCGCCGGUGUUUGUGCAGUUCUUCCGGAAGACGCACGUUGUAUGGAGUUCCUGGCGUUUUACCAAAAUAUUGGAUCAGUUUUAUACCCAGUCCUUUCGGACACAGCACAGUUAGUACGACAGACCAAACGACUUCUCGACAAUCGACGACGAGCAGGAGGUGUCUAUAAAGCCGAUGCCAACGGAUUAGUGAAGCCGUUCGGAAUGCCUUUGGCUUUUCUCAGUCUGCUUUUUGCGGUUCUUGCAUCGGGAUGCCAGUUAUCUGAUAUCCCGGAAAGCGACCGUGAAUUGACAUCAUGGGUAUACGUUUCCUGUGCGUAUCAAUGUCUUCGGAUGUUGAAUUAUGUAUCGCAACCCACUGUGGAAGUAAUUCAGAUUCUUCUGAUCAUUAGCAAUGUACUUUCAUACAACAUGAAUGCAGGCGCAUCAUAUACCUUGCUCGGUAUGACGGAGCGAAUGUGUCUUGUUCUCGGCCUCCAUGUUGAGUCGCACGGGUUCUCACUUGCCGACCAGGAAGUGCGAAGGCGUGUAUGGUGGACAAUGGCCUUUCAGAAUAGUCAUUUCUCGUUGGCUUAUGACCGACCAUCGAUCACCAUGGUCAGCCAACCUGAAAUUCCAUUCGAUCCCAAAUCAAUGCCGGGCCAUCGCUCAUAUUUUGAGACUCUCUGUCGCAUUGUAUCCCUGGCAUUGGAGGUCCUGCGGUCGCGUAUGUAUCCUGGAUCGUCUCAAUCAAGUAUCCAUGAGAUCCGUGAGUAUAAACACCAGAUCCAGCGGAUGCUUGCUGAAGCGACUCCUCAUCUGCGGCAUCGAGACAAUUGUCGAUCGCUAGCCGAGCAUAUCGAGCGAACUGAAUUGCGCCUGCACUCCUCAUAUCUUCUCUCUGUCUUGUGUCGCGUCUCACUGGAUCCACAUGCGCAUCUGGACGCAUCGCGUCGUGCAUUGAUCCGCGAGGACUGUAUCAGCAGCCUGAUCAACACAAUCGACGCAUUUGUAGAAUUGCACGAGAUUAAUUCCCACUGCUCCCGGUCCUGGAUUAGCCUGCAGCGAAGCAUUGCAUCUGCAUUUUUGCUCGUUGCCAAUGACGAUAGUCCCCAGACCUGGCAGCUGAUCGACAAGUUGGAGAUGGUUCUGGCGGACCAUGUGUAUGCAGACAGUGACACGGACCAGAACAACCGCACCGACUCCGCCAAGCAUCUUUCAUCGUCACUCCGUGCGCUGCGUGAGAUCCGUGAGGCCUUUAGCGCUCGCACGGGUAGUUCGACAGGGCAACCAUCAAGCGCACCAUAUUCCCCCCUUGUGUUGCCUUCCCCUCCGUGUCUCGACCCCAGCCCCAGCAUGCCAUCAAGCACCAAUGCAGGUCUUCAGCCGAUGGAAGGCUUGAGCAUGCGGAAUAUCCUUGGUCGUGUUUCUGAUGUGAUGUUAUUCCCCAGCAUGAGUGGGGACCAUCCAAUAGCAUAA